CUGCAAGGGAAGCAGCAGCUGCACAGAGAGCAGAUCUGGAGCAUUACUGCAACAACGAGAGGGGCUCCCGCUUGGAAACAAGUCACAAACCCAAACAUUUGUCCGCCUUGUGAAUUGUCAGUUUUUACUGCGCACACAUUAUUAUUUUUUUACGCAUGCGUGGGAUUACUGGUGCGGUUUGUGCUCCUGAAGGGACCGCUGGGCAGCGCGUCUAGCCGAUGGUGUCUGCGGGGGCUCCCGUCCUGUCUGCUGGGUAAUCCGCAUGGUCGAGCCCGCAGGAGGCCCGCUCUGCUGGAUGGAUGUUGGUGAGGCGGCGCAGCAGUCCUGCUGAAGUCUGUGAGGAUAAUAACGAUGCUCGGGGCUCUCUGGCUGAACUGAUCUUGGAUGUUCGGGCUACAUCGCCCCUUCAUAAACCCUUUUUUCUCACACAACAACACACAUAUUCCUUAAAAGCUGGACACCUCUGGAGCAGUUUAUGACGACCCUGGUAGAAGCGUGAUGAGCGCGCGCUUCCGCUUGCCUGCUGGCAGAUCCUACAAUGUCCGGGCGACGGAGCUGGAGCGAGACAGGCAGCACACACAGGUUGUGUGCAACGUACUGCUGCUGGACAACACUGUCCAGGCAUUCAAAGUCAAUAAGUCGGAUCACGGCCAGGUGCUGCUGGACGCCGUCUUUAAGCACCUGGAGCUGACCGAGAGAGACUACUUUGGCCUGCACUUGGCUGAUGACGCCUCAGACGCACCACGCUGGCUGGAUCCCAACAAGCCCGUCAGGAAACAGUUAAAAAGAGGGUCUCCACAUAACUUGAGCUUCAGAGUCAAAUUCUUUGUGACAGAUCCCAGUAAGCUUCAGGAAGAAUACACCCGGUACCAGUAUUUUCUUCAGAUCAAACAGGAUGUUUUAACUGGCAGGUUGCCGUGUCCUCACAACACAGCAGCGCUGCUGGCAUCCUAUGCUGUUCAGUCGGAGCUGGGGGACUACAGUGAGACGGAGCACAGCUCUGGCUACCUGUCCGAGUACUGUUUCAUCCCCAACCCCCCACAGGACUUCCACAAAGAGGUCGCCAAACAUCACCAGCAGCACAGCGGUCUAUCGCCUGCCCAGUCAGAGUUUAAUUAUCUGAACACAGCACGAACGCUCGAGCUCUACGGGGUUGAACUGCACUAUGCAAGGGACCAGAGUAACACAGAGAUUCUCAUCGGGGUGAUGUCUGCCGGCAUCGUCGUGUACAAGAACAGAGUACGGAUCAACUACUUCCCAUGGUUGAAAAUUGUGAAAAUCUCCUUCAAGUGCAAACAGUUUUUCGUCCAGCUGAGACGAGAGGCGACAGAGACUCGGGAGACGCUGCUGGGUUUCAACAUGGUCAACUACCGGGCUUGUAAGAACCUGUGGAAAGCCUGCGUGGAGCACCACACCUUCUUCAGGCUGGAUCAGCCCAUCCCCCCACAGAAGAACUUUUUCACUCACUACUUCACCCUGGGCUCAAAGUUCAGAUACUGCGGGCGAACAGAAGUCCAGUCUGUGCAGUAUGGGAAGGAGAAGGGAAUCAAGGACAGAGUGUUUGCCAGCAGGUCUCCCAGCAAGCCAUUGGCCAGGAAGUUGGUGGGCGGGACUGACUGGGAGUCUGUUAGCAGGAACAGCCUAUCAGACGAGAGACUGGAGACCCAAAGUCUGCCCACUCGCUCACCACCUGGCACACCCAACCAGAACUCGAUGUUUGUACAGGAGGGCACCCGUCUACGCCCAUCGUCAGUUGGCCACCUGGUUGAUCACGUGAUCCACGCUUCACCCAGCCUACCUGUCUUUUCCUCCAAUCACAAGUCUGCGUCGUCCACGCAGGCCAACAGCAUCAGCCUGGACUCCACACCGUCUCCAGAAGGGGUGGAUGGGCAGCCUCCAGCUCUGCCCCCCAAGCAGCUGAGUAGGAAGACGCUGAGCCAGAUCAUCCAGGCCCACUCCCAGCAAAGCCUCCUGGACAACCACCUCAACGAGAUGUACGAUGUCCCUGUCAACGCUGACAAAACCACGUUGAAUGGAGUCGUCCCACACGACAACCUCGUCCUGAUCAAGAUGAGACCUGAUGAACACGGGCGUUUUGGUUUUAAUGUCAAGGGAGGAGCUGAUCAGAAGAUGCCCAUCAUUGUGUCGCGAGUGGCUCCAGGAACAUCAGCGGACCUGUGCGUGCCCCGCCUUAACGAGGGGGACCAGGUGGUGUUGAUUAACGGGCGGGACAUCUCUGAGCACACCCACGACCAGGUGGUCAUGUUCAUCAAGGCCAGCUGUGAGAGCCACUCCGGGGAGCUCAUCCUAUUGGUCAGGCCCAACGCCAUUUAUGAUGUGGUGGAGGAGAAGGCGGACAUGGAGCCAGAUUUUCAGUACAUCCCUGAGAAGUCCCCACAAGACCCCGCCCAGUUAGACCAGCACGCUUUGAGAGACUCCAUGGUCACGCUGAAGGACGGCCUGGGCAGCGGAGCCAUACUGGCACAGUUUGAUCAACUGUACAGGAAGAGACCGGGGAUGACCAUGCUGUGUGCCAAAUUACCUCAGAAUGUCUCCAAGAAUCGCUACAGAGACAUCUCUCCUUAUGAUGCCACACGGGUCAUUCUGAAAAGCACAGAUGACUACAUCAAUGCAAAUUACAUCAAUAUGGAGAUUCCGGCUUCCAGUCUGAUCAACCGCUACAUCGCAUGCCAGGGCCCGCUGCCCAACACUUGCUCGGACUUCUGGCAAAUGACCUGGGAGCAGGGCUCAUCCAUGGUGGUCAUGCUGACUACGCAGGUCGAGAGAGGGCGGGUGAAGUGUCACCAGUAUUGGCCCAACCCAGACAGCAGCGCCAUCUACGGAGACUUUACAGUUACAUGCCACAAUGAAGAGGGCAACUCAGCCUUUCUGGUCCGGGAAAUGACAGUCACACACACGCAGAGUGAGCAGCAGAGAGAGAUCACCCAGAUCCAGUACCUGGCUUGGCCCGACCACGGCGUUCCUGACGACUCCACGGAUUUUCUGGACUUCGUAGCUCUGGUUAGGAGCAAACGGGUCGGGCAGGACCAACCGGUGGUGGUGCACUGCAGUGCGGGCAUUGGUCGGACAGGGGUACUGAUCACCAUGGAGACAGCGUUGUGUCUAAUGGAGUGUGGCCAGCCUGUGUAUCCCCUGGAUAUUGUCAGGACCAUGAGAGAUCAGAGGGCGAUGAUGAUCCAGACACCUAGCCAGUACCGCUUCGUGUGCGAGGCCAUCUUUAAAGUCUACGAGGAAGGUCUGGUCAAACCCUUCAAAACAGCAGUCUACCAGCAGAGGGAAAAGCUGAGCGAAGAUGGAGAUGAAGAGGAGAAGAGAGAGCAGCCGAGUGCAGAGGAGAGAGACGAGGCGACAGAGGACGGCGAUGCGGCCGUGGUGGAGCUGCUGGAGGGAGGACUGGAUGAAGAAGAUGAUGACGAUGAGGAAGUGGAGGUGUUGGACGUGGGUGAAGUGACAGAAGAAGAGGAAGAGGAAGUGGAGGAACCGAGUGUUGCAAGCGCCACCAGCGUGACGAGUGAGACCAGCGCCAAUCCUGAUCCCGAUCCCGAUCCUUCUAACCCGUGAUGGUUGACCCAUGGGUGGUCGUCAGGGGUUACCAGGAAGAGGCCGGGAGGGGGGGGCGCUGCAGGAGAGAACAAAAGCACUGUUGCACUUUAUGCUGAGAAAAAUGGAAAAAGGACAAACACACAAACCGUGAAAAUUCUGAGCAAGAUCAAAUUUGACAAAAUAAGAAAUCCAGUUUUGGUGAUUAGGUACCAGUAGGAGUUGUUGUUGAUCAGGGUAUAGGACAGAAAAACCAAUUUAGAGAGAGUAAACGUCAGAGACAAUAAAAUGUGGAUGGGGAAUCAUUGUAGUGCCAUACUGGAGGGGAGAGGGCUGCCCGGGGGUCACCCUGUCCCCCCCUCAGCGAGUCUGCCAGACGGACCUGCCGCCGCCUUUUGUUUUUUUUAGUGUCCUUUUAGCUGAUAAAGAGAUACACCUUAUCUUUUGUUUCUCAAAAAGAAUAUUUAUUGUGUUUUAGUUUGUUGUCCCCCCCUGUCCACUGAACAAAAGAAAACAAAGCUGUACGAUUUUGUUUGUAUGAGUCUAGCGCUUCACGCUCUCCUGGUUAAACUCUAGGUAGUAAAGUAGUUUGACUCCUCUAACUACUUCUUUUUUUUCCUGAUGCUUUUUAUGGGGAAAAAGUGAUUUAAUUUAUUGUACUUGGUUUGAUCCUCCUUUGCUUUCUUGUCCAUGCUUCUGUCGGGUGGACAGCGGAGCGUGCUCGUCUCUCACCUCUUGUUCAGUGCCGUGUGGAAACCUUCUCCUGCCUUGUGUUGUGUUUUUGAGCUCAAGCGUACACGGUUGGUGAAGAUCAGCAUAACUGGGGUGCAACUCUCAGGGUCAGUGUUCACUGGGGGGGGCUCGUCUUACACACCUAAAUGAAAAAACUCGACACGAAAGACCCUUGCAGAUGCACGGACUCCUACAGUCUAAACAAGGCUGACCUCAGUUCAUUUCUUUCUUCGGCGAAUUAAUCAGUUCAAUGCUGAAGUGUCCUUGAGCCAGACACUGUCAGCGAUUCUCAGUCCUAUGGGAGAAGUCAUUCCCUCCCUGGAUCACUUUUAUCAAUCAGCUGGAAGUUGCUGGAAGUUUUUAUGCAAUCAGUUGUUUUUCCUCGCCCACUUUGACGACUUGAUGAACUGAUCUCAGCCUUGAUGUGAAUGAGUUUUCAGAGCUCCCUCCUCUCAGCCCCCACACACUGGGUGAGAGCUGCUGCAACCUGCCGUAAACCCACUCAUACCUGCUUAGUCCAGUGAUGAGUUCUCCCCAGGAACCUUUCUGAAUGAAGGAAACCCUGAAUCUGAGUUUGGGUGAGGUUGAAACGUCAGUGGAGCAGCCGGUGCUGCUCUAGCGUCUGCCAGAGAGGAGCACGGGCUUCACAGGCAGCACAAAUAACAUUAUUGUUUUCAGUUUGUUUAUCCCAAUUGAGCAUCAUCAUUUUAAGUUGAGAUGAUUUGUUGUGAGUAAUAAAAUACAAAAUAAUAAUUUGUUUUUAACUCAUGAAACAAAAAUGUUCAAGCUGUCAGAUCUUUGCUUGCCUCUUCAUGAUUUUAAAUAUUGAUAGUUUCUUCACUUUCUUUGGCUGCUUCACUACCUGCUGUCAUUGGCUCCUACAAUGGAUGUUGCUGGAAACACCAUCUGCUGUCCGUGCGUGUGUGAGAUUGAGUGUGUGUUUUCUGAUUUGUUCUUCCCUGUUGUUCCUGACAAAAACAUUGUUUGCCGUUUGGUCAGAAUCCUGCUCGUUUGUGAACUGGAAUGAAAGGUUGUGCCAUGAAGCCACAAACCUAAUCUCACCUGAUCGAGCCCUUCUUUUGGGAAAAAAGUGGAAAAGGAGUCUACUUCAACAGUCAUGUUUUUCCUAAAGUCAGGCUGGAUCUUUGCUCGUGAUUAUAAUUUUGCCAUAGAGGUGGGAUCAAGGAGAGAAUAGAAGCCGCCUUCCUCCUCCCCUACAUUUUUUGUUUUAUUUUAAUCUCCUUAAUCUUUUUCGAUAUUGUGUCAUUCCCCAGAAAAUCAGCCCAACAUCCGUCAGUCAUCUCUGCACAGCCCACGCAACAUCCCCGGCCCAUUCUUCUUAUUGUUUCUCCCAAGAUGCCUCUCUUUCGGAUCAUUAUACAUGGAUCCUACUCUCUCUGUACAUGCCCUCGAGGCAGACAACACAUCUGCGCAGGGCAUCAUGGGUACAGAAACGCAGCUCGUUUUUCUGCAGGACAAACCGAGGCCGGUUAGCCUGCGACUGAUAGUAGAGGAGGCUCUAGCUUUUUCCCGUGCCGAUGGAUACAAAUCACAGGUGACGUGCCGAUGUCAAGGAGACGCAUUUACAAAAAGCAUCCAAUGAGAUUCUGACGAGGAAAUGAAACGUGGGCCCUGUAGUUCCCAGAUGAUCAGGGCUGUCACUGUCACCAUCUGCACUGAACACCCAGGAGUGAGCUGUCUUUGAAUCGUUUUGUUGGCAGAGUCGGUACUGUCUGUGCAUCUCGGGUACUGUAGUCCGGAGGGGGACCAGGCGUGGGGAGGGCCGAGCUUAGCUGUAUUUUUGUAAAGAUAUCAGUUCUAAUUGGGUAGGGAAGGGACAGCACUUUGUAGAAUGCUGAGUGGCAGGUAGUGCUACUGAGGAAAACAAAAAAAACAACAAAAAAAAAUCAAACUUAGAGACAUAAAGCAUUGUUAAAAUGAGUUCUUUUAUUUUUAAUUUAUCGUUUUUAUUUUGUUUGAAAAUAAAACACUUGUAAGAAACAAGAAAAAGAACUAACUACACAGUGCCACUUGUUAAUUUUGUGUAAAUACUACUAGACCUUGUAAAUACAAUGUUGUAUAUGAAAAAAGUCUUUAAAAUAAAAGGGAAAUCAUUUGUGAGCAGAAAGAUGUUUUUAUUUUUUCCCUUUGGAUGAUUCAGAUGUGACAUAAUUGAUGUGAAAAUCGUACAAGAAGUUGUUUUUAUUUCAGUCUAUAACAGCAAGUGUAUAAAUAAUGAACCACAAAAGUGUUUUUCAGUAUUAUACCUUUUAACUCCUACCUGUGUCUUCAAACCUUUGUCCUCAGUUACUCAUUUCUUUCUGGUA